AUGGCCGGUAACGAUUCUACUGGCAGCACACUAGAGAAGACAGAGCCAGCUAUUCACCCACUAUUUGAGCCAGUCACAGGAACCUGGCAAUACAUCGUUGCCGACCCCACCAGUAAAAGCGCGGUUAUUAUUGAUCCCGUGUUGGACUACGAUCCUGUCAAGGCUAUAGUGUCGACAGACUCUGCUGACGCAAUGGUCAAGACCAUUCGCGACAUGAGGUACAAGGUCGAUAUGAUCUUAGAAACUCAUGCGCACGCAGACCACUUGACUGCAGCGUCGUAUCUUCAGUCUAUACUAGCUAAUAGCCAAGGUUCAAAGCCUCUCAUUGGUAUAGGUAGCCGCAUUCGACAGGUGCAGAGCUUGUUCGGAGAACGAUAUGGUAUAUCACCUGAAGAGUAUCAGACAGUCUUUGAUAGACUAUGGGAAGACAACGAUGAGUUCAAGAUUGGUACUCUGACGGCUCGUGCUGUUCAUUUACCCGGACAUACACCAGAUCACAUGGGCUAUCACGUCGGAAACAACGUCUUUGUGGGCGACUCGAUCUUUCACGUCGACAUUGGAUCCGCCCGUGCGGACUUCCCUGGUGGCAGCGCCGAAGCAAUUUUCAACUCAGGUCGCAAGCUCCUCGCUCUGCCAGGUGAGACAAAGAUAUGGGUAGGGCACGAUUACCCCCCACCAGGCAGGGAUGCUCCUGUACCAUUCGCAACUGUUCAGGAGCAUAGGAUGAACAACAAGCAUCUCAAGGACGGCACCCUGGAGGAAGAGUUUGUUGACAUGCGGCACAAGCGUGAUGAAACUCUGGCGGCGCCGCGGUUGAUUCAUCCUUCGCUGCAGGUAAAUAUUAGGGGAGGAAGACAGCCAGCUCCUUUAGCCUCUGGCCAUAGAAUGGUCCAUUUGCCGCUCACAGGACCAUCCUGGUAG